CUGAAAGCGAUUCACGCUGAUGACGUCACUUGCAGAGUUGUCAUGGCGUCUUUGGGACCGAAGGUGCUGCUGCUGCAAUUUAGCUAAAAAGCAAUCCGUCGACGGUGCGUGAGCCGACAUGGAGGAAACUGCAAACCUGCACCGAGACGCCGACGGGAGCUCCGUGUGCGCCACGACCGCGCCGGAGAUGGCUGACGUCUCGGUCGGCGAUGGAGUGAAAGGAGCCGCCGAGAAAUGCAGGAGUAGUGCGGCUCCCCUCGGUACUUUGGUGGACGCUAGUUGUAGUGACAGCACCGCGGACGUUGCUGCUCCCGUCGCCGCUCCCGUCACGUCCAUCGUCGGGAAGUCUGACGCGUCGGUGCCGGUCCAGGUCCUCCCCGCACAGGAGACUGCGAAACCCGAGGGCAGCGGAUCUGGGUCCGGGGAUCGGAUCAUUAACGGGAUGGGGCAUGACUCGCUGCCGCUGGCCGCAGGAGAUAGAGAGGGUGGUGCCUCAAAGUUAGUAAACAACACAGGCGAUGGAGCGUCCUCGCCUCCCGCACAGGAGAGCGCGGGUUCCGCUUGUGCGGGAAGUGAAGCGACUAAACUGGCCAAGCCGACGCAUCUGUGUCCGGACCACGCGACCACGGCGGACCGCAAGUCCGGCGAUCGCACCUUAUCGGAGGGAUUGCCGAGUGGGAGUGACCGCGAUCCCAGCCUCGGCGGAGAGUCCCGAAGCAUCGAUUCACUCGAGUCCUUCUCCAACCUCAACUCGUGCCCCAGCUCGGACCUGAACAGCGAGGGGCUGGAGGACCGGGGGCUGGCCCUGGCCCUGCAUGGCGAGUACGGGGCCGAGGGGUCGAAGACCGCCUGCAGCAAGGACCGGGCCGCCGGACAGUCCAUAUACCACAUUAAGUGGAUCAAGUGGAGGGAGGAGAACACCCCGAUCAUCACCCAGAAUGAGAACGGCCCGUGUCCAUUACUGGCAAUAAUGAAUGUCCUUCUGCUCGCAUGGAAGGUUAAGAUGCCGCCCAUGAUGGAGAUCAUAACCGCGGAGCAGCUGAUGGAGUAUCUAGGAGACUACAUCCUGGAAACCAAGCCUAAAGAGAUAACCGAGGCUCAGCGGCUGAACUAUGAGCAGAACAUGAGCGAUGCCAUGGCCGUGUUGCACAAGCUGCAGACCGGUCUGGACGUGAACGUGAAGUUCACCGGGGUGCGAGUCUUCGAGUACACCCCAGAAUGCAUUGUGUUUGAUCUGCUGGACAUCCCCCUUUACCACGGCUGGCUGGUCGACCCCCAGAUGCAUGACAUUGUCAAGGCAGUGGGAAACUGCAGCUACAACCAGCUGGUGGAGAAGAUAAUAUCCUGCAAACAGUCAGACAACAGCGAGCGGGCAGGUGAAGGCAUCAUAGCGGAGCAGUUCCUGAGCAGCACAGCCACUCAGCUGACGUACCACGGCCUAUGUGAGCUCACCUCCACUGUACAGGAGGGCGAGCUCUGUGUCUUUUUCAGGAACAACCACUUCAGCACCAUGAUCAAAUUCAAGGGCCAGCUGUACCUCCUGGUUACAGACCAAGGUUUCCUGACAGAGGAGAAGGUCGUCUGGGAGAGUCUGCACAACGUAGACGGAGACGGCAACUUCUGCGACUCCGAGUUCCGGUUGCGGCCGCCCUCCGAUCCAGAGACGGUGUACCGCGGCCAGCAAGAUCAGAUAGACCAGGCCUCAGUAUCUGCAAGAUUGAGCACGGACUACCUGAUGGCGCUGUCACUGCAGCAGGAGCAGCAAAGCCAGGACCUUCAGUGGGAGCAGCUCCCCGAGGGCAUCAGCGACCUCGAGCUGGCGAAGAAGCUUCAGGAGGAGGAGGACCGACGGGCCUCCCAGUACUACCAGGAGCAAGAGCAGGAGCAGGCGGCGGCAGCAGCAGCGGCACAGGGCCAGCAGGAGGCUGCGGAGGGAGGUGAGGCGGAGAGAGGAGGUGCAGGUGGUGCAGCAGCCGGCCCCGGGACGGCAGCAGCAGCUGGAGCCACGCCCAGCCCCGGAAAGCAGUCCUCAAGUGGGGAGCGCAAAACCAAGAAGGAAGCGAAGGAUAAAGACAAAUGUGUUAUUUUGUAACAUACAGCGUGUCUCUGUGUGUGUGUGUGUGUGUGUGUGUGUGUGUGUGUGAGUCUGUUUUGUGCAUUUGCUAAUCUGUGAGGAAAGGGACAGCAUUUGUUUCUCCGUGGAAUGGACACGCAACUCGGAGCCCCACUGGAUGACAAACAAGGGAAGGAGACAAUUUAGGAGAGACUAGGAGAGGAUUUGCUGUUCCCAAACCACUGGUGCCUGCUAUCCUCUAAACAUAGACAUCAGAGGAAGGGACACGACAACAACAACAACAACAACAACUACCCCUUAUCUUUCAUAGAGUCGGCCAAACUUUGUUACAAGUUGCACAGUGCACUAUAUUUGUGAUGUGGGGUCAAAUUUAUCUGGGUUGGUAUAUUUUAUAGCAAAAAUAUAUAAUCUCAAGAAACAAAAUGUUACAUGUUAACAGCUUUCACCAUAAUCUUUUCCAAAACACACCCAUUGUAUAUUUCACUAAUUUGUUAUUAUUGCAGCUUAUAAGCUUUUUUUUUUUUUUUUUGUACUUAUAAAUAUUUACAAAACGUUUUUAGACAAAAACCCACAUGUUUGUUAGGUUAUUGUAAGUUUCCUGUCGAUGCCAAGAUUCACAUUUUAUUUAUAUCUCUCUGAGCACAAAGCUUUUGGGAGCAUUCAUUUUUUUUCUUUAAACUGAAAGGGAUUUGUUUUGUUGAUAAUUUGCCUGUUGGAACUCAUGGUGACACCGUUUGUGUCCCUUCUGAAACACUAUGGAAACACUCAAUGCCAGAUAGCUGCCAGAUACUGUAGCGUCACAACAAUACUCGUCACAGCUUGCCCUGUUCAGAAUUGCCUUAACAGAGAGUGGCAGUGUGUCGUAUCCUGCUCUGUUUGAAUGUGUAUUUGUUUCCAUGUGUAUGGUUUGUACAGUACAUGUGUGCUACGUGGUAAAGCGGCGUGCGGUUGGCAUGUGUCAUUUAAUUGGAAAUAGCCAAACUCUUUUACGCUGUGUAAGUUAAGCUGCCAUUUCUGGACAUUUUUUAUUUCCUUUGUGUUGUGAUACUAUGUCACACAAACAAAAAAAGGGUUGGGUCAAUUUUGUUCGGAGCUGAUGCUCCUGUGUGAGACCCAACAAGCUGUUGGCAGAUUAGAUGUGUAUGAGAUUACACCCAGUUUGGAGUGUGGUGGUUAUGAAAGACCCUCUUCUCUCUAACAGUCACACAGUGUGUGUGUGUGUGUGUGUGUUGUGUUUGCGCAUGUCUGUGUGUUCCUGUACUUUUAUCUUUGUGAGCACCAUUUUCAGCAUAGACCCUUCAGAGUGAGGUCCUCACUUUUUCAAAGGGCAGUUUGAGGGUUAAGACUUGGUUUUAGGGUUAGAAUUAGCUUUAGGUUAGGGUUAGGCAUUUAGUUUGGAUGGUAAGGGUAAGGGGCUAGGUAAUGUAUUAUGUUAAUGAGUGUCCUCACUAAGAUAGAAGUACAAACGUGUGUCCGGCACUAUCCUGAUACAUUUUGUUAGGUUCCGGAUUUAGAAGUUCCACUGCAGCCAGGUUUAAAAAAAAGGGCAUACCACAGACUUCAAUAAUUCACAUGUCAUAUUCCACUACACAAGGAAAGUGCUAUUCAUAUUUGUGAACAUGUAACUGGACAUAAAACUGGGACGUUAGGACAAAGCAUGGAUUUGAACUCCAGUCGCAAUGUUUGGACUUUGCUCUAUUGUGUAGAUAUUUCCCUUCUCUUUCUCCGGGUUAAUUUAAUAUUAUUGUAGAAAUUACCUUCAGCCCCUCUGUCACAUUCAGAGAUGCGUAAAUUAGAAGGUUUACAUAUUGAUCCGCGCCGGAGGUGUUGAAUAGACAUUCUGAAUACUGAACCUCUGUGGUACGAGCUCGUCCCCAUUUCACCGCUGCACCGAGCGUAGCAAACACACAAUGUACAUAUUUACCUAACGCGUUUCUCCAGCUGGUGGGUGGUGCCAUUGUCAUUGUACCAUGGGACUGCCUCCUGAGAAUCGUUUUUCUACCUAAACAUUCCAAUUGGAUGCCUUGACUCAAGCCUUCGACCACAGACCGAGGGAGACAGUUGUGACAGGAGGUGUUCACAGUGCUUGCGGCUCGGUGAGAACGGGUUCGCCAUCGGGACAGGACGGAGGCAGCGGGGCUACCUACUGUGUGGGAGCCUGCAGUUUGAGCUUGAGCUUGUGUGUUCGCUUGGCCCCAACUAGUCUAUGUUUUGUAUGUACAUAUAUAUAAAUAUAUAUAUAUGACGCCUUAUGACAUUUCAGCAUAUUUUAUAGGACAAAAGGAAAACAGGCGUAUUAGCAGAAUGAGACAAUCCAUGCAUUUUUCACACAGACAUCAGAAAUACUCUCAGGCCUUUUACUGAAGGGACAUAUAUAUCCUCGAGUGUCUUUUUCAAAUGGUUUUCUUUGUAAUGGCACAGUUCCUCGGCCUGUAUUCACUUUGUCCGUCACAACUUUAAGUGUCUGUCUGUGUCUGUGUGUGUAUGAUCAUAACUACUAUUUGACACUUUGAAGGACUCAACACUAUUAUUAUUUAAGACCCUGGAUGGUGAGCGUCACACUAAAAGAAAUAGGGUUGACUUAAAGCUGCUCCUCUUGUGUUAAGUUGGAUUAUGUAAAGACAAAUAAACUCCUUCCUUGGACAGGGUUAAGGAACAUUGUGAACUAUGUACACGUUUCAUUGACUCCUUAGUAGUUGUUUUAUUUCCCGUGCAGCUGAGAUAUAUAAUCAUAAGGUGAAAGCCAGAAGGCAACAGGGCGGCUUUGUGGCAAUAUAUUUUCUUUCCCCUUUAUUCUUGUCUUUACCGAGAUUCACCUCAUUUGCGUCUCAGCCCUCUAAGUGAACAUGCUGAUUUAUCAUUCCAGUGGAAGUCUCGGUUUAAAUGAAACUUCACUUCGGGCAGUUUGAGUUCAAUUUGACUUGGUUGGUGUUUGUGAGAGUGAAAAGAACGUGACGCCACACAUUUUUAUUAUUAUUGAUAUUUUUUUAUUUCAGAUUACCUUGUGCUUUUUCUUGCUAUCCAGAGUCCAUUAUUACCAGAAUUUGAAUAUUUUCUGUUGUAACGUGUUUGUUUCCCCCACCCCCCUAUGACGAAUCGAUCAGAAGGAUUUUGUGUGUUCAGUGUCUCGGCGUGGUUUCUUGUAUGCCUUGUAAAAGUGAUGGUGGGGUUAAUGCUGUAAAAGUAGUAUUUUGACACGGUGGUUGUUGAACAUAUAAUCGUUGUAAUUGGUUUUGCACUGUUACAUUUAUAUGCACUAACAGAAGAGAAACAUACCUCAUUUUAUACAGAACAGAAAUUGUGCGAGAGUGCUAUUGUUCUAUUGGUACCGUUUUAAAAGAGAAACGACUGAAUAAUGGCCAAAAGAAGGAUCUCGAGUGGUCGAUCCUAAAGCCAGGAGACUACUAUUCAUUUGUGAAAGUAUGAAAGGGCUUUUUAAAUGUGUCGGCUUCAAAUGACACGAGUGCAUUUGUUAAAAGACAACAACAUGAAAGCUCCACUUCAAUAGAAGUCGAUGCAAUUUGAUAUAUACAGGUUAGCGGUACACCAACACCAGACUCGACCAAUUCAAAGGUCCGAGUACAAGCACACAGCUCGUGGCUGGUGAAGGACGUCCUAAUGGAGGACAACAGUAGCUACAUGCACAUCAUUUAAAGCAGUUUUCUACAAAGCACGUAGACAACGCUGGCAUCCAUUCAAUCAGCAAAAAACACUGGUGUAGGUGUACCUCUAAUUCAGGGUACUUCUCCAGAACAGUCCCAUCAUUUAAUCACAUGAAGUCCACAAACAAGGGCGACACACCCAAACUUAAACACACAACAACAAAAAAGGGGGGAAAUUCUGCUUCAUAAGGCUCGAUGGGUUGUCCUGUGUGUAGCAGAGGGUCUUGUCCGUCCUUAUUGUGCGAGACAGACAAAUUAAGAGAAAUUAAAACGUCAGCCCCCCCCCCCCCCCCCCCUCCAGGAAUAUAAUUUCAACUGUGCGGCUCAUAGUGUUUAUAUUUCAACACGCAAGCAAAAAGGAAUGGGGUUGUGAAUAUGGGAGGUUACUCAUUUGAGUUGAUUUCAAUGUUCAUCUAUUUACAUAAAUGACCAAAUAAUGUAUGUAGCCUUUCACAUUACAGUCACAUAUUGUAUAUGGUUAUAAAUAUAUAACAAAAUGCCUUAUAGACGAGGGACAUUCAACCUGAUUAGAAGUUACGAGGAUAAUAAAAAUAAGAUCAAUCAUU